UAUAAACCUCUCACCAUUCUUCUUGAUAUCCAUUACUCCAAAUCCUCCUUGUUUCUCUCUCUUCCCUCUUCUUCAGCUAUCGACAAAUAUGGGGAAGGUUUUGUUGUCUGGGGUUCUAGUUGCUCUAGCUUUUGCAUUUGUUCAUGGCGUGCCCUUCGACGACAGGGACCUCGCAACCGAGGAGAGCCUAUGGAACUUGUAUGAGAGGUGGCGGAGCCACCACACGGUCUCUCGAGACCUCGAGCAUGAGCGAUUCAAUGUGUUCAAGGAGAACGUCAAGUUCAUCCAUGAGUUCAACAAGGAGGGUGCAACAUUCAAGCUCGCUCUCAACAAGUUUGGCGACAUGACCAACCAAGAGUUUCGAAGCUGGUAUGCCGGCUCCAAGGUGCAGCACCGCAGGCUGCGCCGCGGCCGCCCGCAUGGCACCGGAAGCUUCAUGCAUGAAAAUGCUCGUGAUCUCCCUGCUUUGGUUGAUUGGAGGCAGAAAGGCGCCGUCACAAGCAUCAAGGACCAAGGCCAAUGUGGGAGCUGCUGGGCAUUCUCGACGGUGGUUGCUGUCGAGGGCAUAAAUCAGAUCAAGACGAGGGAGUUAAUCUCCUUGUCGGAGCAACAGCUCGUCGACUGCGACGACCGCGACAACAAUGGCUGCAAUGGAGGUCUAAUGGAGCAUGCAUUCGAAUUCAUUGUGAGAAAUGGAGGUAUAACAACAGAGGCUGAGUAUCCCUACAGGGCCAAAGAUGGAAGGUGCGACGCUUCCAAGGAGAAUUCAGCAGUGGUGACGAUUGAUGGAUACGAGAAUGUUCCUGCCAACAAUGAGGCAGCUCUCAUGAAAGCUGUGGCUCAUCAGCCAGUAUCUGCUGCCAUUGAAGCAAGUGGUACAGCUUUCCAGUUCUACUCCGAGGGUGUUUUCACCGGCGCCUGCGGCACAGAUUUAGACCAUGGCGUCGCGAUCGUUGGAUAUGGGGCGACCGAGGAUGGAACUAAAUACUGGAUUGUGAAGAACUCAUGGGGACCUGAGUGGGGAGAGAAAGGCUACAUCAGAAUGGAGCGUGGCAUCAGGGCCAAACAUGGGAAAUGUGGCAUUGCAAUGGAGGCUUCAUACCCCAUCAAGACAUCCCCUAAUCCUUCCAAGGGGGAAAUUUCCAAGGAUGAACUCUAAGAUGAUGGUGACCUAAGGAAUGCACAUUGGAAAGCCAGAAACCAUUUCGGGAUUUAUUUUUCUUUAUCAUCUAUGUCAU